AUGAACCACGUGCCCCACGGACAGUUCUAUCCCAAUGGAAGCCUUCACCACAUCACGUUUGCUUCGGGACUCCUGCAGCUACUGUGGGACACAGCGGAGAGGUUUGGAAUUCGGCACAAGACGACCAUUCUAAACAACCCCGAAUGGGGGAUCGAGCUGCCUAACGGUUCUUGGACCGGAUUCAUCGGUGAAUUACAAAGAAACGAGAGCGAUGUGUCGUUCACCCUCUUCUACCCGACCAACUCGCGCAACAAGGUGGCCCAGCCAACGUCCAGCGUCUGGACCGAGGACGUGGUCAUCCUCGGAGCGUUCGGCAACGACACCUCGCAGGGCAGCAGCAUCGCAGCUUCCCUGACCGUCUUCGAGCGCGACGUCUGGAUAACGCUGGGCGUCUGCCUUCUUGUACUUGGCUUGAUCAUGUCUCUCGCACCUGGUUCACCGCAAGCAUUUACCUCUAGGCUGGUGCAAAACCUACUUAGUCUGACACGGAGCAUGUGUCUUCAAGUCAAUCACGGCUUGCCCCUGCCUUCGUCGUCCCGCGUCGUGGUGGCCACCUGGUGGCUGGCCAUGCUCGUGUUCGCCAACGUGUUCACCGGCAAGAUGAAGGCGGGCCUCACGGUGCGCCACAAGAGCGGCCACCGGAUCGACUCGGCCGCGCAGCUGGCCGCCCGCGAAGACGUCCGCGUCUACAUGCUUCGUGGUCCGGCAUACCCGCUACUGCUCGCGUUAUCACCGAACGAGCACGACCGGCAGGUGUACCGCAAGCUGAAGCCCGGUUCGCUGGUUCCGUACCGCCGCCUCUGGUCGGCCCACGUGCUUGACCAGGUGGUGGCCGGCAAGGCGGUCAUCAUCGGCGACCGCACUACGCUGCUGUACCACGCGUCCGAGGUGUGCCACCGGUACCCGCACCACGAGUUCUACAUGGGCAAGGAGCGGCUCUUUUCGCACCCUCUGGUCGUCUACUACAACCGAGAAAACGUGCGAUUCCUCAUGAAUGCCUGGGAGCGCAGACGCGCCCAGCUGACGGAGGCGGGCGUGGUGCUCAAGUGGCACGGCGAGACGGUGGUGUCCUCCUCGGGCGGCGACUUCUCCCGCUGUCCUCGCGUCGACGUCGGCGAACAGGACACGCUGCACUUCGACCACCUCCACUCCGUCUUCUUGCUCCUGCUGACCGGUCACGGUCUGGCCCUGGCAGCCCUGGUCGCCGAGCUACCCGCCGCUGCUCUGGUCAACCGGUGCGGACGACGCAACGACGGGAGUGUCGCGAGUCGCGCCGGGAAGGCGCGAUCGCUGCCGCCGCAGAUGCGAAGGAGGCGUGGUCUGCUGGUGCACGUGCGCCAUCCCGAUACCGUGAUAGUCACAGAUGACCCGUGA